CACAACCCAUCAACAACCCUACUGCUCCCUCACCAUGUGAGUGUGAGCAAAAUACCUUGUUUUAUGUGUCCCAGAGGAAACAUGGAUGGAUUCCUCCUCCUGAGGACACUGUGGGAUGGUGUGGGUAGGCUAAAACAGCAAAAGGGGAAGCCAGAGGGUGGCCAAAGGGAUGGGGGUGUCAUUUUUUGCAAUGUGCUCUGUGCAGGGGCACUGUUGGUGUCAGGGGAGUGGUGUGGGGGGCUGAGCUCAGCCUCCAUCCUGACCCAGUGGUGCAAAUGGGCUGAAAUGAGCAGGGAGAGCUGGGCAAACCUCACGUGUGGGACAGAACAGCACUGCAACACAUUGCUUGGGAGUGUCUGGCAGGGGGUCCCCUCGGCUCUGGAUGCAAAUGCAAGGACAGAUGUACAGGGAGAACUGUGGUUUUGAGAAGGAUUUUGGAGACCAAAAGCAUUUGGUUUUUGUGGCUGUGUUUUCACUCCGAGGGCCUCUCUCCCUGCACAGGCACGGCAGCCCCGUGGCUGGAGCUGCUGCUCCCCAGCCUGGAGAGGACCUGCCCUGUGCUCCAUCACUCUCGGCCUGUUGCCAGGCAACGCAGCAUCACAUGGCUUUCACUCCCAAACAAAUUGCAGACACAGGGCAUUCUUCUCCUGCUCUUCCAGAGAGGGACCUCACCUGCCGCCCUGGCAGCCCUGAGGGGUCUCCAGUGGUCACUGGUGGAUGCUGGCUUUGCUGCAGCUCCUCGCUUUGCCUCCCCAUCUGCCACCUUGGCACCUGGCAAGGCGCACACUGGGUUUUGUUGGAAGGUCAUAAAAGUCACUCAGCACUCAGCCACCUGAUUAGAGCUGUCAGCCAAAGCCUGCUGCAACCACUGCAGGGGUUGAGCAGCAUGGAAAAGCACACAUGGCUUAUCCCACAUGAAAUGCUGAGCCAGAGAGGAGCACACAUCCUGUUCCCAGGGGGAAUGUGUUGCAAAUGCCCUGUCACAGGCAGGAGGAGUGCUAGAGGAAGGAAGCACAUCUCUCCCAAAGCAGGAUGUGCCUUCAGAAAGCACAUUUUGCAUGUGUCCUCCUGCAUUUCCACACUGGCAGCUGGACUUGGCAGUGUCCAGCUUCCAUCACAGAAAAAGUUCCUGUCCUUCCAUCACAGAAAGAGUUCCAGUCCUUCCAUCACAGAAAGAGUUCCAGUCCUUCCAUCACAGAAAGAGUUCCAGUCCUUCCAUCACAGGAAGAGUUCCAGUCCUUCCAUCACAGAAAGAGUUCCAUCCUUCCAUCACAGGAAGAGUUCCAGUCCUUCCAUCACAGGAAGAGUUCCAGUCCUUCCUCAUAGGAAGAGUUCCAGUCCUUCCAUCACAGGAAGAGUUCCAGUCCUUCCAUCACAGGAAGAGUUCCAGUCCUUCCAUCACAGAAAGUGUCCAGCCCUUCCAUCAGAGGAAGAAGCCUGCUAGCUGCUUUAGGUGUCUGGUCAAAACUGAGAGAGACUAAAUGUGGGAAGUCAGAAACCUCCCAGCUGGGAAUGGAGCACUACAGUGGAGACCAGAACGUGGUUAAGGGGGUCCUGAUCUGCUCCAGGGAAGGAACUGAGCAGAGCAGCUCCCUGGCACGGUGUGACACUGGAAAGGUGUAGGCUGACAGCUAAGGGGAUCCUCUUGCACCCUUUGUUGGGAACUUUCAGGCUCCAUUAGCUCUCUGAAAUGCCUGUGCAGCAAUGCACACGGCAUGGGGCAUAAACAAGAAGAUUUAGAGAUCUCUGUGUGGUCACAGAGCCAUAAUCUCAUCACAGUUACAGGUCAUGGGGAACAGGAGAGCUACUUGAGGCCUGGAGAAAAGCCAAGUCACUCCAGAGCUCAAAAAGGGCACGAAGGAGGAGCCAGGGAAGUGCAGGCCAGUCAGCCUCAGCUCCAUCCCUGGAAAGGUCAUGGAACAGCUCAUCCUGAGUGUCAUCUCCACACGUGGGGAGGAGAAGGUCUCCAGGUGCAGUCAGCAUGGGUUCAGCAAGGGGAAAUCAUGCUCCACCAGUGUGAUAGGCUUUGGGGAUGGAAUGACUGUGUGGGUAGGUGAGGGGAGAGCAGUGGUUCCUGUCAGCCCUGGCUUCAGCAGAGUCCUUGGCACUGUCCCACAACAUCCUCCUAGUGCGGGUGGGAGGCUGAGAGAUUGGACAGUGGCUGGAGAACUGGCAGAGCUCAGGGCGUUCUGGUGGUGGCCCAGAGUCCAGCUGGAGGCCUGUAACUGGUGCUGCUCCCCAGGAGUCACUGCUGGGCCCAGUCCUGUUCAGCUGAAUUCAGCCAUGACCUGAGGAAGGGGCAUUGCCUGUGGAGGACACGCCACGAGCUUUGUCACGGGAUAAACGCAGAGGAGGACUCUAGGAGAUCUGGGCCUGAGCCCCUGGGGCUGAAUGGAGUGCAGGUGUCCCCGGGAACCCUCUCUUGUCACCUUUGCUGUGUCCCCUCAGCGCAGGUGCUGGAGGCUGCACGGCUUUAGGCGGAGGCAGGUGGCACCUGCUCUGGGAACACAUUGUCCCUGCAGCCAGCAGGGACCAGCAGCUGGGUUUCUCAGCUCCCCUUUCCUCCUGGGCACCGGUGCUGAGCCCUAGAACAGGCAAGCUGCAGGGCCAGAGGGGGAAAAAGGAGAUGGAACCAUCCACACCUCCAUGUGGCGGUCAGGAGUGGAAUUUUCUGCUUAGAUCACUGCUGCUUCCAGAUGUUUUUGCCGUAGCUCCAUGACUCAGACCAGGAGCUUUGACUCAGAAGGGGACUCCUCUGCUGGCACAGGUGGGAAGGAGCAUCCCUGGGAGUGAGAAGUGUGACACCCUCUGAAAUGGGAAGGCCUAAGGGGGACAUGGGCCCAGCCCUCAGAACAGAUUCCAUCACUAACAAUAAUGAGCAGGGAGGUAUGGAUAUUCUCAGCUCAGUCAGAGAGAAAAGCAGAGAUUUCUGCCAGGCUAAGCCUGGGAAAAAGUCCGGGAGGAAUGUAAACAAUUUAUUAUCUCUCUUUCUGUUCAUAUUGUUUAUAGAUACGUUCUGCCACCGUGUGCUAUUCAUAGUGCACCACUGGUGUGAGAUGUGUUUACUCUAGGACCAAUGAAGUUCUCUAUAAAAGAGCAAUGUACUUGUUAAUAAACUUCUUCUUCAUUGCCUUCUGAA